UUGGACCGGGGCCACAUGCAAAAUCCCAGCCUGACUCGUCUGACAGAAGGGCUGGGGCUGGUUCUCCAGGGUUUGGGGUCCCCAGGGCUCCCCCACCCCUGCCCCCAGUCUGUGAGAGUGGACGGCGGGGGACCAGCACCUCCACUCAGCCCAGAUACCGGGCAGGGAGCGGGGAGGCAGACGCCCAUUGGACGAGCUCAGGUUAAGACCAAGGGUCCCAGCGGGCAGUGCCUUAGUUUCCGUGCUGGAGCGGCCCGGGAGGAGCCUGGAAGCGCAGGGAUGUGGGUGCUGGCAGGCUGGUGGGUGCUGGCGCUGUGUGCAGUGGGGGGGGCUCUGGCCAAGCCACCCCCGGAGAAGAAGGACCGUGUGCACCAUGGCAAGGAGCUGAGCGACCACCAGCACGAUGACAACCAGGAUUUCCAGUAUGACCACGAGGCCUUCCUGGGCAAGGAGCAGGCCAAGACCUUUGACCAGCUCACGCCAGAGGAGAGCCAGGAGCGCCUGGGCAAGAUCGUGGAUAGAAUAGAUGGGAACCGGGACGGAUUCGUGACCCAGGCGGAGCUGAAGGACUGGAUCCGGCACACACAGAACCGCUACAUCUAUGAGAAUGUGGACAAGAACUGGGCUGACUACGACCGGGACCACGACGGCCGCAUUGCCUGGGCCGAGUUCAAGAAUGCCACCUACGGCUACUAUGAGGGUGAGGAGUUCAGUGACCUGGAGGACAAACACUCCUACCGGAAGAUGCUGGUACGGGAUGAACGGCGCUUCAAGGCAGCCGACAAAGAUGGGGACCUGGUGGCCACGCGGGAGGAAUUCACAGCCUUCCUGCACCCUGAGGAGUUUGAUUACAUGAAGGAUGUUGUCAUCAUCGAAACCAUUGAGGACAUUGACAAGAACGGGGAUGGCUACGUCCAGGUGGAUGAGUACAUCGGUGACAUGUACAGCUCCGAGGCCGGGGAGCCAGAGCCCGACUGGGUGCGCACGGAGAGGCAGCAGUUCCUGGACUUCCGGGACAUGGACCGGGACGGACGUCUGGACCCGGCCGAGAUCGGGCACUGGAUCCUGCCCCAGGACUACGACCAUGCCGAGGUGGAGGCCAAGCACCUCAUCUACGAGUCUGACAAGGACAAGGAUGAGCAGCUGACAAAGCAGGAGAUCCUGGACAACUGGAACAUGUUUGUAGGGAGCCAGGCCACUAACUAUGGGGAAGACCUGACACGAAAGCAUGACGAGUUGUGAAUGAUGAAGGCCCGGUUCACUCCCCACACAGCACAAGCUUGCCUUGGCAGGGAAACCCACCCUCUCACCCAGGCACCAAGGACCCCAGGGAGGGAUUAUUUAUUAAAGGGGGAUUGAGAGUCAGGCUUGGGGGCAGGGGAAGAGUGGAAGGGGGUAGGAGCCCUAAUGCUUGGGUUCUUGCUGUGCCCUGGGGAGAGUGGGGUCUAUUGGGUUGGGGAGGGGGCUGGAAGUGACCUGGGUUCCCUCCCUGAUCUAAGAGGGGAAGGGGUCAGAACAGGGAGCCAGGACACCUGAAUUCCCUCCCCACCACUAUUUCCCUCCUCUCCUUUCCCACCCCCCACCCACAAGCACUGCAACACUAACAGUAUUAGGGAGCAUCUCUGCCCCCAACCUGUGCCAGUGCCACCUCUCUCCAGCCCACCUCCAACCACCUGACAUUAUGGGGUGACCCACCAACAUGGUGGUCAGUGGGUGGGAGCUGAAGCCCCACCCCUGCACUGCCUGCCAAGAUGGCUGCCUUUCCCACCAGGAGCUCCUGGCCAGGGCAGAGCUGUUUGUGGACAGCAUUGGGGCCAGUCCCAUUGAUGCAUGGGCAUUUGGGGAACAGCUGUAGGGGCAUGGGGAGCUGAGAGAGGCACCUGGAGCUGUACACAUGGGCCAAUAAAGACAUGCACCACCUUUCUCAUGCUAAGCUUGCUUCAUCCAUGACUGGGGGGGGGUAGGGGGAACCUUGUCCUAGCAGGCUCGGGGGACCUCCCAGCCAGGCAGAGAGGACCCAGAGGACACAGCAGCUGAAGUACCUGCUGGCUGCAGCUGGAUGUCUGCGUCCCAUCUCACUGCCUCACGUAAGGGCCUUCUGACAGUUUAUAGCCAAGCUAUGGGCAGGAACCCAGAUCUCCUGGUCAGUCUGAGACUACCCCCAGGCAACAGCAGGUAGGCAUGUGGGACCCUGGGAGAAUAGGCCAGGCCCAAACCCUUGAACCGGUAGAUGUAGAGGCAGAGAGCUGUUUUUGGGAUGUCUGUGCCAUGUGUUGAGCCUGCUUUUUCCUCGGGUCCAGGCAGCUCUGGCAGGCAUGUUCAAACCCCACUCAGGCAGUUAGGGGGGCAUGGCUGGGCCUUCAGCACCCACCUCCAAUUGGGAACUCUCCACAGCCUGGCCCAGUUCCUGCCAGGGUCCAGGCAGGUGGGUUGAAUGGGAGGGAGGCAAUGCCAGCCCCCUGGCACAUAUGGGAUCCUUCCACAGAUGCUUGUGUGGGAGACCUUCCUCUGUGUGUGUGAACCUUCAGUAUAACACCAUGUGCAUGUGUACACAAAACCCUUCCAUGCAAGACCCUCCUGCAUAUGUGUGCAUGCACAACCCUAUGUGAGACCCUCCUGUUUGUGUGCAAAACCUUCCUGUAUUGGUGCAAGACCCUCCUGUGUAUGCACAAGGUCCACCCAUGUAUGUGGGCAUGUGUAACUGUGAAAGACACCCUCCCAUUAGGGGGAGGGUGUCCAAUUUCUUCUUCCCCAGCCCUAGCUGGCUAGUGCUCCAGUGCCACAGGGAAGAAGAAAAGAGGUUGUAAGCUGCUACACCAUCCCACUACAUAGUUGGCACAGAGGUGGGCCAGCUGGACACCUGGGUCCUCCCUCCCCAGCUCCCAGCAUGUUAGAGCAAGUUGCUGGACAGGGCCUGGCCCCAUACACACAGCUACAAUGCGACACCCUGGACCUGUACUUGGAGGCUGCUCAAGAGCAGGGGAAGUGCCCUCUCCAGCCACCUUGAUACCUGGCCUCCGCAAACUACAUGGGGGUGAGUGACAAGGCAAAGACAGGGACCUCCACCCACCAUGCAAGGGGUCAGACCGAGGAAGGUGGGGAGGGGAGGUCUACUUGCAUCCUAAUGUAACCCCAGGCUAGAGAAAUGGCUGCAGAAACACCUCCUGCCCUAACCCCACAACAUUAAGAAUCUUGCAGCAGUCAUGAGGUGCCCCCAGGGUUUAGAUGCACAAAGGAGGGGGAUGUUGCUUCAGGGCCCCUGCCCCACCCCUGCACACAGCAGGGCCUGGUUUCAUGUCUUUAUUUUCCUCAUGAAUGUAACCAUAUAAAAACAUAAGUUAUGAAACAGUGACAAUGUGUCAGCCAGAUUUGGGGGAAGGGGCGGGGUAAAAUUAUUGAAGGGGGGGGACGGGACAAAACCGUCACCAAGGACACAAAAAGAGGGGUCACCUCCCCUCCCCCCCAAAAAACCCUGCCCCCAGCAAAAAAAAACCCAAGGCAGGAUAUAGGACAGCUCAGGGGAGACUGGGGUGGUCUCAGGACUGCCCUCCUCCACUACACCAGGGGGCAGCCCCCCACCCCCUCCUUCAAGGCCAGACACCCCCUGCUCCUUGGCUGGAGAUGGUGGGGGGCUAGGGGAAGUAUUGAGGUACAUGGAGUUAUGGGGGGAGGGAACAUUGUUUAAAAGCAAAAAAAAUGAGAUAAGGGGCAGCUAGCCCCAGGAUGGAGAGCACUGGGGGAGGGUAUUAGACCCCCCCCCCCAUCUA